CGGAUGAGCGGAGGGUGCUCCGUGCUUUUAGGACGAACCGAUGGGGGAAGAUCUAAAAACAUUGCCGCUGGAAAACGCCUCGAUCCUGUCUGAGGGCUCCCUGCAGGAUGGACAUCGGUUAUGGAUAGGGAAUUUGGAUCCAAAAAUCACAGAGUAUCAUCUGUUAAAACUCCUGCAGAAAUUCGGGAACGUGAAGCAGUUCGACUUCCUGUUUCACAAGUCUGGCCCGCUGGAAGGCCACCCCCGGGGAUACUGCUUUGUUAAUUUUGAGACAAAAGUGGAAGCAGAGAAAGCCAUUCAGUGUCUCAACGGGAAGAUGGCCCUGUCAAAGAAGCUGGUUGUUAGAUGGGCUCAUGCACAAAUUAAGAGGUACGACAACUACAAAAGUGAAAAGGUUUUACCCAUCAGUUUAGAACCUUCGUCCAGCACCGAGCCAACACAGUCCACCCUCAGCGUCAAUGCAAAAAUCAAAGCCAUCGAGGCCAAGCUAAAAAUGAUGUCGGAAAACCCCGACAGCGAGUUACCCGGCCAGUCGGCGCACUCCUACUUCAAGGCGUCGGAGAAGAAGAGGAGCAUCCCGUACUCUCGAAUUUCCUGGAAGUCUAAAAGAUGACAUCACCGCCUCCUGGCGGAUUUCUGAGGCUAGACCGAGCGCGCACACACUCU